ACUGAGACAAGCUCCGCUGGCCGGGCCCACCACUCGUUCCCGGCGGCGCAAUCGGCGCGCUGCCGUCAACCCUCCCCCGGGCGUCUCACCCCACCCAAUCUGACUUGCCUGCCCGUCUCCGGAGAAUACGGAGUGAAGAGGAAGGAGACGCGCUAAUGGGGUCGCCUUCCAGCGCCGGUGGGUGAGCGAUGCGGCAGUCCCAACCGCUUGCGACGUAUAGGGAGGGAUCACAUGUGGAAGGCAUGCCAUUUACGCCGAACAAUCCAUCUAUGGUGCCGUCCAAGUGCGAACGUGGGGCGAGAGUCCAGGAUUGGAGACAGAGGUUACGCCAAUAAUGUUCCUGAACUGAACUCCGACAAAAGGAGCUUGUUGAAAGGUGAAUGCUACUACACAUUGGGGAAGAAGGAAGGUACCUCUCUGUGCAAUUCAGCCAUCGCCAGCGCUUCAGAGGAAGCUGGAUUUAAUGUUGAGCGUGAAACUGGGGAAAAGUGUGAAGCUGAUGUCCAUUCGGCAGCGAAAUUGUGCUCGGGUAUUGGGAAAUUGGUUAUAUCCAAGUGCUCAUUCAUUUUUGACAGUGGAAGAGACACCUUUGAUGGGAAUUGUAGCUUGCAAGAUGUUCUUAAGCAUGGUCUCUGGCUCUCACCGGAGACCCUCCGCAGGUUCUGGCGUGCUUCACAGCUGAAGCCUGAAGAUUUUCUUGACAUUUUGGUCGGUUUUGGACAUGGUGCUGCAGAAGUUAGAAACUCGAGAUUUCUAUGGAACUUGUACAGGUGGGCUUCGUGGCAGAGUAAGGACUUCCGGCAUCUUCCAAGGUCCAAUGACAUGAUGGUGUCAAUACUUGCGCAUGCUCAGAUGCUCAGCCAAGCUGAAUCAUUGCUUCUCUUGCUGGAUGAGAACAAGGCUCUGACCGAUGCGAGCGAUCUGUUCAGUCAGGUCAUCCAGGCGUUUUCAGAAGCUGGCCACCUCGACAAAUCAGUGGCACUUUUUGAUCGUGCAAGGCAUAAGUGUUUGAUACCUUCAGCCUCGUGCUAUCAUGUACUUCUAAAUCUUAUGGUCAGAAGGUCAAAACAGGAGCUAGUUGUAAGAGUAUAUUUGGACAUGCUGGAAGUUGGAUUAGGUUCUUGUACAGAAAGAGAUAUUCUUGAUUUUGCUAUCAGUGCUUUAGUCAAGAGAGACAAAUUCUUACAAGCUAUUGGUAUAAUUCGGCAGUUAAAGAGUUUGAACAUCGAAAUAAGCAAGGGAUCAUUGUUAACUGUUGCAAAAGAAUUUUGCAAGAAGAAGGACACUGGAGAUAUGAUGAAUUUCUUGGAAGAAUGGAGGUAUUUACCUGAGCCGCGUCUUUGCAAUAGAAUGCUUGCGUCUGUUUGCAAAAAUCUUGGUACUGACGAGGCAUGGUUUGUCUUCCAGAGACUAGAAGCCUUAGGAUUUACCCCAGAUGCUACAACCUUUGGAAUUUUCAUAUGCCAUAGCUGUAGAGAAAUGAAACUCAAAGCUGCAUUCCUCUAUUUAUCUGAGUGCUUUUCUAGACAUAUUGAACCUAAAGUUUGUGCUUAUAAUGCUAUUAUAGGUGGUGUUUUCACUGAGGGACUGUACAGACAUGCAAAUUAUAUCCUUGAAGACAUGAUCGAAAGAAAAAUAAUGCCCGAACUUUUAACAUAUAAGAUACUUCUGGCAGGAUAUUGCAAGUAUAGGCAGUUCGAUGAUAUAGAAGAAAUCUUGAGAAUUAUGAAAGUCAAUGGUGUAAAUGGUCUUCCCUCUGGAAACUGUGCACUCUCUAAAGCUUUAUCCUUUCUGGGGCUGGACCACUUAGGAGUGAAGGUCAAGAGAGAUAAUGCCACUGGCUUUCCGAAAGCUGAGUUUUUUGAUUCAGUAGGCAAUGGUCUGUAUUUAGACACUGACUCUAAAAGGUUUGAGACUUCGUUGGCGCAGAUUCUUGAUAAUGCUUUUUACUCAGAUAUUAGCGCAGAGAUAGUCAGUGCAUGUCAGCAAGGUGAUGUUGCAAGUGCUCUUCUGGUGAAAGAUGAAGCUUUUCAACAGGGACAUGACAUUUCACCAGCUAGCUGCUCAGAACUAAUAAAGUCUUUGUGCGUUGGCCCUGCACAUGUUAUGGAUGUUAUUGACCUAAUGGAGGAAAUGCCUUAUACAUUUGAUAAACUGGAUGCUCAAACUCUAAAUUUAGUCAUCCAAACAUUGAGUACGAAUGAGAUGUCAGCUUGCGCAAGAUUGGUUUUGGACAGGUUAUUCAGAAGAGGCUUGCCAGUUAAUCAAGAUACUUAUACUUAUUUGCUUACAGGCUUCUGCACAGAAAGGAACAUAAUGGGGUUUUGGGAAUGUUGGAAUGUUGCAACAAAGUUUAAUUGGUCACCUGACAGCAAGGAUGUGAUGCCCCUCAUCAGCCACUUGUGCAAAUGGGGAGUAAUUGAGGAAGCUUUGGAGCUUAUAAGCAUGUUGCUCGAUUGCUAUCCUAAUUUGUUCCUAAGUGCAUAUUGUGCACUUCUCAAAGAGUUAUGCAGAACUGGUUACACUACCGUUGGAUGUGCGAUGCUGGAGGCACUCCUAGAAAAGGAUGUGGUUGUGGGUCGCUCACUAAUUUAUAGUGUGACAGAGGGCUUUCUAAAGGAGCAGAAGACUGCUGAAUCUAUUGGACUGUAUGACAUGUGCCUUAACAAAAUCAAAAUGUCAGAUGUGUUUACCCACCAAUUUCCAUUCUCUUCACUAGCAUGCUUUGAUGCAGAACGAUGCAUGGACUUGGUACAGUCUGUGAUGAAAAUGGAACGUUCUGAUGUCUCAGCUUGCAGUUGCAUUGUGAACGAAUUACUGCAUACAGGAAAAGUAAGUGAGGCAAUGUCGGUUGUUCAAGCCUCCACUUUGGGAAAGAAAUUAAGUGACAACUUGCUAAAUUCCACCCUUCAAUCAUAUUGUUGUCUAAACAGUUGGAGAAAGGUUGAUGCAGUUAUUUGUAUAAUGCUAAAGAUACACGCCAGCAUUUCUAUUUCUAGCUACCGCUUUCUUGUCCGCAGAAUGUGUGAGCAAAGCCAGUUUUCUAGUGCCUUAUGCCUUAAGGAGCUAAUCCAACAGAAUGACAAGUCAACGGAACUUAUUUUAUACAAUAUUCUGAUGUUCUGCCUUUUUCAGAGAAGAAACAGCUUGCAGGUUCAUGAUUUAUUGAAGGAUAUGAAACGUAACGGUAUUUCUCCAGACAAAAUCACAUAUGACUUUCUUGUCUACGGGUUUAACAAGUCCGGAGACACCGAUCGUUCAGUCAGUGUGCUUGAUGCUUGCAUUGCACAGGGAUUAACACCAAGCAACCGCAGUCUCAGAAUAGUACUGAAUCACCAUUGCAAGUUAGGGAACCUUGAGAAAUCAAUAGAAUUGCUUCAUCUGAUUGAGGGGAGGGGAUGGAAGCAUGGUUUAGUGAUUGAGAUGACUGUCAUUUCAGCACUUCUUUCGUCUGGAAGAUACUCGGAAGCAAAAUCAUAUCUGAACAAACUGAGCAGAAGUGCACUAAUUAUAUCUGACAUCACUUUUGAUGCCCUAAUCAAGGAAUUCUGUGGACAGGGAGACUUGGAAAUGUCUGUUAAUCUGAUAAAUAAAAUGUUAAAGAAUGGUAGACUUCCAAGUGAAGCUAGUUACAGCUCUGUUAUAUACAGGCUAGGUGUAUUGAAAGAAUUUGAUCAGGCUCUUGAUUUUCUUGCUGAGAUGCAGUUGGAAAAUCUAAAACCAAGUGAGAUCUCAUGUGAUGUGCUCAUGCGUGGCCUGUGUGCCAUGGGAAGAACCACUGAUGCUAAGAAGAUUUUGGAAAUACUAAUGACCUUUGGUUCCGCACCAUCCUUUGGCAUGUAUAGAACUGUUUUUGAUAACUACUCUAGGUGUAACAAUACACUGGAAGCCGCAAAACUUCUGCAUGACAUGCAGCAAGCAGGACACACACCGAAGUUUGAGAUGCAAUGGUCUGUGAUAAGCAAUUUAAGCAGCACUGGUAGGAAGACUGAAGGAUAUGAACGACCUAUUUUGUCAAACCUUAUUUCUUCCAGUGAGUUCCCCAUGAAGAAUAAUAGGAGGAAAUGAUUCUUGUAUGCAAAUAUAUAUCCAAUGCUGAUUGCAAGGAGAUGAUUGAUGGAAGUCAUCCUACGAAGAACCCCAAGGCAGCGGUGGCACUGCUCCUGCGACCGCACAGCGUCUACCAUCUCGCGCGGUUUGGCUGGUGUGGCCGCUGCUUCUUGCAGUUGUAACCACUGGCCCCCGGGCUUCUGUUUUUUGCAGAAAAAUUCUACUCUAUUUGUGUGAAGUAUAACCUUGUUGGCUUCCUGAAUGAUAAAUAGGUUAGAUUAUCCAAGUCUACAGAAAAUGACACAAAUUUCUUUCUGUUCAUCUCAGUUGACCCUAAGAAAUUGUGUCCUGGAUGCACCCCGACCAUUUGACAUUACCUUUGUUGACAAUACACAAAAAGGGGUCUUACAAGCUCUGCAUCGAGGGGAAAAGACGUGCACCACGAUAACUUUAUCUCCAGCCAUUUGAAGCUGGUCGUCAAAAUCUUGCUGUGUUUUGACAUUUCUCAUGACAGCAUUCGUUUUCUUCUCCCACCAAUUUUGUUUAUAUAGAGUGUAUUGUAAAAAAGGACCACCUCGCGAGUGAAUUGUCAAAAAGGACCACAUGCCGCCGGUGGCUGUGGCGGCAAGUGCGUCGAGAUGGAGCAGUAUCCUAGACCCGAUUGCAAUAUCGAGAGGAACUUCAAGACGACCAAGGAUCUCGACACCCAACACGUCCUCUAUCAUUCGGACCUCUUCUUACCAAGAUUUCAGGAUCUAACGGAGGAGCCCGUCGUCCCCCUCAUCUGGAAGAUCCGGACAUGUUUCAGGCACACGUCUUGGAACCUUUGGUGCAAAGCGCGCCCUACUCUCCAUGUUGAUGACAUCUCGGUCAACGACCCCAGUUACUUCAUGGAUUUGCCUGAGCUGUGGGAUUUCAGCGCUGCAAAAUUCACACUGAAGAAUCUCACAGCAGUUCGCCCAACGCUCAGCAUUCACGGUAGCGAGCUUGUCUACCUUGUGUUGAAGGUAGGGGCUAAUGAUAACAAGGCGUGGGUGCCUGGGUGGCUGGUGUUGAUCUUCGGAACAAGACGGUGGAAGUACUGUCUUCUAGUUUCUGCGGGAGGCCCUUCCUUCAUGUACAUUCUAUGGAUAUCUGAAUACAACUCCAAGGUCAUGUGCCCCAUAAGAUGGCUGUGGCCAGAAUUGUCCAUUGAAUCGUUUUCUUAGGCAGGGGAAUAUUAUUUAAAACAACCCGCUGAACAUGCAGACCGAGGGUGGCUACUCUAGGAGUUCCAUUGAUGAACACGCCAAUGCUGUGCACCCAGUCAACAGUUACAUAUUCCAGCCACAGCUCGUUGUACCACUGCCGCACGGCUUUCCACAAACACAGCAACACAAUUGCACUCCAUCAAGAUCAGGAUAUGUUGGCCAACCAUGGCUGGUAAUGCCGAUGGACAAUCGCUUCCAGCCGCAGAUGCCUCUGGAGUUGGCGUACCCGGCUGUGCCCUUCACACACUAAUGCCUUGGAUGCCGAUGGAUGACCGCUUCCUGUCACAAAUGACUCCGGUGCCAGCGUCCCUGGCUGUGCCCUUCAACACUCUGAUGGCUCGGGUGCCGAUGGAUGCCCCCUUCCUGUUACAGAUGCCUCCUGUGCCCUCGUCCCUGGCUGUGCCCUUCAACACACUGAUGCCUCGGGUGCCGAUGGAUAACUCCUCCCUGUCACAGAUGCCUCCGGUGCCAGCUUACCAGGCUGCCCAUCAUAGUUUACCAUAAGACUAUAAGAGAUUAGGUCCUGGAUGCAUCCGAGCCAAUUGACGUCACCUUUGUGGACAUUACACAAAAAGGGUAGGGUCUUACAAGCUCUGCAGCUAGGGGAAAAGAAGUGCAGCAAGAGUACUUCCAUGCUAGCACCUUGAAGGAACCAUCAGGACCAUUACUCUUGGAUCAGUGAUGAGACAAACCGGCACCAACCCAAGGGAUCUUCAGAGCUGUCGAUAUCCUUCAUCUGGAAAAGAAAGAAACAAAUGAAGAAAAUCAGCAUCUUCAUCGAAUGCUGAAGAACUGGAUCAUUUGAAAAGAAAACAUACAUAACCUAGUGUGCACAAGCUUUUCAAGAGUUCGUCAUCUUUGUGCGAUGAAAAGGCAAUGGUUCAUGAUAAUGUGUUUAUUUAUAGUUAAAGAAACAUUGUUACAAAAACAUAAGAUACCUCAGCCUACCUACACAGCCCCUUUCAUCUCUCUCAUUGUUCAAAGUUCAAUCCGAAAUGCCCAUCGGGAAAGCCAGAUGUGUUGUUCCUUGUGACAAUUUCUGAACAUGCUAGGCGUUGUAUUUCCCCAGUUGCCAAUAUUUAGGCUAUAGUUUGGUGUUUCUUACA